GAGGCGGCGGCGGGGCUGAGACUCACCAGCCACAGGCAGCAGCGGCGGCGGCGGCAGGAGGGAGGGCGGGCGGGCGGGCGGGCGCGAGGCGGAGAGGAGGACUCGCCAGGCGCAGCGCGGCGGUAACAACAGCGGCGGCGGCAACAGCGGAGAGACACCGGCGGCGGCUCCUCGGAAGCGGCAGCCGCGGCAGUAGCGCCCGCCCGCCCCACUCGUCCCCUCCCUUCCCCGCCGCGGAGACAGGGGGCAGCGCCGAGAGGAGAAGCCGGGCUCAGCGUGUGUGUGCGCGGGAGGAGGAGGAGGAGGGGGAACGCACCGAGGACUGCGCCGGCCGAGGGCGCACGGAGCAGGGAAGCGGCGGCGGCGGCACCGAGAGGCAGCAGCGGGUCCUUGUGCCCGGAGAGGAGGGCGCAGCCCGCACGGGGGUUUCUACCGAGUUUCCUCAUUUUUUCGAUCCCUCGGACUCGGCGGCGGGUCUGCGUUUGUCUCCGGAUUUGAAUCCUCCUCCUUCUCCUCCUUCCUCGGGGAAGCUCCCCUCCCCGCCCCCUCCCCUCCCCCACCGCCUCCCUGCCCGCCCGGAUCCAGCCGGGCGCCCCGUGCCGCGGUCGCGUUGCUCGGCGGAGCUGCUGCGGGCGCUCGCCGUCUCUGCGCGGGCUUGGAAUAUGGUUGGGGAAAUGGAAACCAAGGAGAAGCCGAAGCCGAGCCCCGAUUACCUGAUGCAGCUGAUGAACGACAAGAAGCUGAUGAGCAGCCUCCCCAACUUCUGCGGGAUCUUCAACCACCUCGAGAGGCUGCUGGACGAAGAAAUUAGCAGAGUACGGAAAGACAUGUAUAACGACACAUUAAAUGGUAGUACGGAGAAGAGAAGUGCAGAAUUACCAGAUGCUGUGGGACCUAUUGUACAGUUACAAGAGAAACUUUAUGUGCCUGUAAAAGAAUAUCCAGAUUUUAACUUUGUUGGAAGAAUCCUUGGGCCCAGAGGACUAACAGCUAAACAGCUUGAAGCAGAAACAGGAUGCAAGAUAAUGGUCCGAGGGAAGGGCUCUAUGAGGGACAAAAAGAAGGUCUCCUUUAAGAACAGAGACAACCAUGACCCAGCAAUUUUGGAGGUAGAGGAGGAACAAAACAGAGGCAAGCCCAACUGGGAACACCUGAAUGAAGAUUUACAUGUACUUAUCACUGUGGAGGAUGCUCAGAAUAGAGCAGAAAUAAAACUGAAGAGGGCUGUUGAAGAAGUGAAAAAGUUACUGAUACCUGCAGCAGAAGGAGAAGACAGCCUUAAAAAGAUGCAGCUGAUGGAGCUCGCAAUUCUGAAUGGCACCUACAGAGAUGCCAACAUCAAAUCACCAGCCCUUGCCUUUUCUCUUGCAGCAACAGCCCAGGCUCCAAGGAUUAUUACUGGGCCUGCGCCUGUUCUCCCACCAGCUGCCCUGCGUACUCCUACGCCAGCUGGCCCUACCAUAAUGCCUUUGAUCAGACAAAUACAAACCGCUGUCAUGCCAAACGGAACUCCUCAUCCCACCGCUGCAAUAGUUCCACCCGGACCCGAAGCUGGUUUAAUUUACACACCAUAUGAAUACCCCUACACGCUGGCACCAGCUACAUCAAUCCUUGAGUAUCCUAUUGAACCUAGUGGUGUAUUAGGUAUGGCUUUCCCAACGAAAGGCUAAGAAUUCAAGAACGGUCUUAACUGAUCCUUCAUCAGAUCUGAAUUUUAACAAAUGCUUAGUUUCAGCAGCCUUGAAAAAAGCUUGGCCUAGCAGUCAGUGACUUACUUGCACUUUUUUGCACAUAGAUUUAAAAUAGUGCUAUUAAUUUGGAUUAGCUCCUAUUAUUACAGAAUAGUUGUAAUUUAUGAGUGUAUAGUAGUAUACUGACUGCUAAGUGUUCUAUAUAGUGUUUGCUUUACUAAUCACCUAAUUCAUUGCAGUUCAUACUUAUUGACUUAAAGUUUAAAAUCACAAUCUGUAGGCUUGAAGAAUUGCUUUAAGACUUUUUUUUUGUGAUAGAACUGGAAGUGAUCUUAAGAUUAGCAAAUAAUUGUCAGUAUUAAAAGAUGGCAUUAUUUAAAAUAGUCCUGCUGCAAGAAAGGCACUUCAGUGAAUAUGUGACUAGUAAAGCUUAAAUGUGCUUGGGUCUAGUAGAUUUCAUGAGAUACUGUAAUUUUGGGAUUGUAAAUGAAUGGAUUAAACAGGUUAAGGCCAGGAUGUUUAAAAUAAAUGCAAUAUUAAUCUGCACAGAUAAACUUCUUUUUAAGGUUAAGAUUUGAAACUACUGUGCCUUAACUUGUUGCUCUUCUUAAAAUGAACUUUUGUAGUUAAUGAUCAUUUAAAUCCAUUUUGAUAAACCUGCUGUUAAUGUUUUCUUUGAAUGUUUUCUAACUCUGUCUUGGUAAUUGCAAUUUAACUAGGUGCGGUGGCUACUAAAGUUCGAAGGCACGAUAUGCGUGUCCAUCCUUACCAAAGGAUUGUGACCGCAGACCGAGGUUAGUUUAGUUCUGCAGUUCUUGUUUGUAAGAAGUGCUUUGAGUGUACAUGAGAUUUGCAACACCACAGCUGGUUAACCAAAUACCCUGUUUUGACCCAUUCAAUAUUUUUGUCGAAAAUCUGGAUAGUUAAUAUUUUGAAGCUUUGGGAAUGCUUGCAGUUAUAAAGACGUUUUGAAAACUUGGCUUUCCCAGCUCAGUUAAAUAUAUAUAAACUUUGUGAUAUAUUUAGUAUAAAUACUAUAACUGAUUCUCUGUUUAAAACUAUUUAAAGAUCCAUCUACAUCAGGAAACACUACGGAUUCAGUGCUGCAAUAAUUAAUUUGGUUAAUAAUUUCCCCCCAAUUUCUUCUUUUAAUUGGUAUGGAAGUAUCAGAUUGGUGUUGCAAAAUAAAAUGAAUGGAUGGUUGCUUAAUGAGAAAGAAGUAAAGGAAUAAAUGCCUCCUGUCUGUGUCUGGAGAAAUCUGAAGAUUUAGCUUCCUUUUUUUCUAAUAGACUUUUGAGCCACUGUAAUGUAUAUUAUGAGGAGGAUGCAUGUUCUCAGAUACCUGACUGAAUUCAGAAAGGUAAGGGCUGUGAAGAUAAUACUUCAAAAGUUGUUCGAGUUGGAAUUACUAAGGAUGGAGGAAAGGAGGGUGUUUUGGUAUUUUUGCCAAAAUCUAUUUCUUGGUAUUUGCCUUUUGCUGCUAAAAUGUGUAACCUGAAGGAGAAGCAACUUUUGAAGUCCUGUUGGUGAGAUGACAUCCAAUAUUUGGGCAUCUCUCUUUAACCCUUGAAUGGAAAGUAAAUCUUCAUUUUUCUCCUGUUCCUCAAGUGUAAUACCUUUGGACCCCUGAAUGAAGUAUUUAAGCUUAUUGAGAAAAAUUAUAUUUUCGGUUUAUUGACAUUGUCUAGGAAGCAGUGUGUGGGCUGAGUUCUUAGCCCAUCCCUGCCACUGACUCACUGUGGGUUUCAGCAAGUCAUUUAAUCUCUCUGUGUAUGUUUUCCCAUCUGUAAGAUAAGGAUAAUAAUACUUCCCUACCCCACAGGGGUGUUGUGGGGGUUCUUGUUUUGUACAGGGCUUUGAGGAUGCAAAGCAUUAUGUGACAAGUAUUAUUAUUCUGCUUUCAUGAAAAUCUGUUGUGCAGGCUUCCGUGAUAUUGUAAUAUUCAAAAGCCAAAUUCAGGUGACAGAUCUGCCAUCUCCUAGCAUUGACUACACUUCACUUCUCACAACCUUCCAUAAAUUAGCUGCAAGAAACAAUACAGAUUUCAAUCAAUACAGUAAAAAGGGCCCUCCUGGAUAUUUCCUGUAUUUAUAUAACACUUUUAUCUUUCAUAUGAUCUUCUGCUUUACAGAAAGUGUAAAGCUGAUAACAAGACACUACUUCAGUUUUCUAGAAGAUUGCUUAUUUUAUAUCACUGCACACUAUUUACAACCCAUUGUCUUGUUCUCAUUUCUUGACAACUUUUCAAUGGGCAACGGGCUAUAAUCAAAAUAAGGUCAUAGCCCAUGUUUACCAAAAAAAGAGGAGGAAAAAAAGGAAAUAGAAAAAAAGAUUAACACCUCUCUCUGUCAUGGCUCCUGUGGAAUAACUCGUGCAUACCUCUCUUUUGUAGAAUGAAAACCAUACUGAUAUUUCAGGAGAAUGUUAUUUUGAAGUCUUUUCUAAAUAAUCCCAGUGUGUAUUAAGAAAUUUACACAAAGUUAAUUUUACAGCUGUACUUCGACGUAUUUUUAGUUUGAAAUCCUAGGUUAUCGCUGCACAGAUUUAACAAUUUCACAAAAGGUUUUGAACACAACUUGGUUCAGCAAUAAAACUGUUUCUUUUAGUGUGCUAAAAUUAAGUUGUAGAGUUGAAAUACUGUCAGCAUUUGCCAUAUUCACCUGUUUGAUUCUUCUGUCACACAUAUACUUUUACAGCUGAAGCCAUGAAAAACAAUGUCAGCAAACCGAAAUACUAUUUUUUCAAUGCAGAAACUUUUUUUUUUAUAUGAUUAAAUGUCACUAAAUUUAUAUUCGCAUUCAUUGGGUCUAAAGUUGGAUUUUAUUUUUAUUUUUUAAUUCUAAAUUGACUUCCAGAUGAUGUUGUAGUACUACUGCAUUCACUUUUUAAGUAGGUUUUUAUUCUUUGCAUAGAUUUUGGGAUUUUUUUUUUUUUUUUGAGAUAAGCACUGCAAUUUAAGCAAGAAUCCCCAAAUGUGUAAAUGUUUUUACUCUGACAACUAAGCAUUUAGAAUUGGUGAAGGGUUGAAGAAAUAUAGCUCACUUUAACUGAGAAUAAAACCCCAGUUCAUAAAUAAUACAAAAUUGAAUCUGAUGCUUAUAACAGAGAGACUGACUGAUUUAAUUGUAAUAAACUGCAAAUGGUGUUGCACAGUUGACAAACCUGUGUGUACUGUAGAAGGCCAGAGACUUGGCAGAGGAUGUAUCACAGGUGUACUGGUAUUUUUAAAAGGUAGCUUGCUUUGAUUAUAAACUCCACAAGAAAUAUUAAUGCUGAGAAUUUUCUUGACUGUUUUAUCCAAACCGUCACAUAAUUUGUAUAUAAAUUUUAAUACCUUUUAAUCAAAAUAGUAAUCAGCAUCAAAAUGCUUUAAGAGUCUGUUUCUAGUAUGCCUGCCAAGUGGUGAGAUUGUGCCACAUGAAAUAUUUAUUUUAAUUUUUGCUUAUUUUUGAAACAGCCAUUUUAAUUUAAACAAAUCCCACUUAAAAUGAUACUGAAAAAAAUCAGGGAGCACGUGGUCUCAUUUGUGUUACAGUAGUAACGUUUCAUAGUGUUAUGAACUGUAUCCUAAAUGGUAGGCCAUUUUUAUUAUGUGAAAGUAAAUCAGCCCAAGAGAAAGAUUGCUAAAUCGAUGCUAUCUGUGAAUAUUAGACCUACUGGACUUCAUUUUAUGUAAUGGCACAAAUCUUGACUUUGCACUGAAUACCUUUCUCACUUUCAUCUCCUCUGCCUUAGUCAAAAUGGCAACAGUACAAAUACUUUAUCAACCUCAGAAUUUAUUAGCUAUUAUUAAGCUGUUGAAUGAGUCUUAAAAAAAAAUAUUAAAAAAAAAAAUCAUACUACUGUUAAGUGGACCAAGUUUGGUGAAGGAGAAUGUGAGAGAAUGAUUAAAGAAGGAACAGCUCAAGAACAUUGGGAAUGAUAACUUUCUACUUGAGAACUUUUUUAUGUUUUACUGUAAUUUGUUUGUGUUUUUGGGUUUUAUCUUUUGUUUUGUUUUUUGUUUUUGCAAAAGAAAAUAGUAUUUACAGGUGGCUUCUUUUAAAAUAUAAAAAUAUAAAGCAGGAAUGUAUAUGAAAUGUCAGAUUUUAUUGUAUUUGCAGAGUAUUAGCUUUGAAAAUGAAUAAAGAGAGCUGUUUGUAGUUUUAAAAUGCCUUAUUAGUAUCGAUUAGAUAUUUUCUCUAUUUUUUGAUGUUCUUAGAGCUUUUUAAGUAUAGACUUUAAAAUGGCAGGACUUUUACAGUGUUUACAUGCAAGUGCAUUUUAUAAGUGUCCUAUAUGUGUAAAAUAGUAUUUCGAACAGGGAAAUGCUGGCUAAAGUAGCAGGCUGAGCGUUUUCCUGGUUCCCACGAUGAUGCCUACGUUGCUAGACUACAGUUUAGUAUUGCUUUGUAUCAUGAGGCCAAGAAAUUCCAUGUUGUUUGUAAAUAGAAUAAAUGAAAGGCAAUAAAAAAUUUAUUGAACAAAA